AUGUGUCGCUGGUUUUUGUUUCUUGUUCUUACCAUUGUAAAAUGCAAUGGUAAUAACAACACAAAUUCUACUCGUUUAUUAAAUCUUCUACAACGACAAUACGAAUAUCAAAAUCUUAGUAAAUUAAGUGCUCUUGAAUUUCCAUUUGAUUUAGUCGGACAAAUUACUCAUAUUAGUAUUGAUACAUUAACAGUAAAAACGAAAUAUAAUGGAACAACACGUAUUAAAUUAGCAUGUAUAUAUACAACUAAUAUAUGGAAAGCAGCUUUUUUACGUAAACAUCCUCUUGAACCACUUACAUACAAACCUUUAGAAGCAUUUGUUAAACGUGAUGAUCUUGUUCGUGUACAUGUUAUUGAUCGUUCCUUGCAAUCACCAGGAGCUUAUGUUUUUGGUGAAAUAUAUAAUUUAGCAAAAAAUAAUUUAAAUAUAAAUAAAGAACUUGUACGACAUGGUUUAGCUGAAUCAGCACCAACAACACUUUCAUCGUGUGAUUCAGAAUAUUUUCUUCUUGCACAAGAACAACCUCACAAAUCAAAUGUUCGUUUAGCAACAUCACGUGAACGACGUUCAGUUCCACAACAUUGUUCAUCACCACGUUCAGAAAUUGAACAAGAAGAAUGUCAACAUGUUAUUGAUGAUAGACAUUAUAAUUAUAUGACUAUACUAGUCAGUACGGUAGCUAUUAUUGCUUUUGUAGCAAAUUUCGAAGCAUAA